AUUAUUAUCUGUGGACUGUGGAGUGUGGUUUGCUAUGUACACAAAAAGUGCCUUAUUUAUUCAGUAUCUCGCGGUAGUCGUUUUGGUUAGAUAAGAAAACUGAUAACUGUAUGUAAACAAUUAAUAUAAAUGUUAGGAAAACUGUGACCUUUUUAUUAGUGGUUACACAACUAUUGAACUAAUAUAAUUUUUUUUAUAUAAAAAGUGAAAUAGUAAAGAUGAAGUUUUGUGCCAAUUUAGCUUUUAUGUUCACUGAAGGAGCUACAGUUUUAGAACGAUAUGCAUUAGCAAAAGAGGCAGGUUUUAAAGCUGUGGAGACCGGGUUUCCUUUUGGCCAUAGUAUAGAGCAGGUAAAACAAGCUAAGGAAAAUGCUGGCGUUGAACAAGUUCUAAUAAAUCUGAAGACAGGAGAUGUGAGCAAAGGCGAAUUAGGUGUUACUGCAGUGCCCGGUAAAGAAAAUGAAUUUAAGGAAAACUUAAAGGAAACCAUCAACUAUGCUAAAGCACUUGGUGUAAGAAAAGUACAUAUAAUGGCUGGAAAGAUAGAUGCUGUUACAGCAAAGAACUGGGAAGUGUUUGAGAGCAAUUUAUUAUAUGCUGCAGGUGAACUGAAGAAAGAUAAUUUAAUGGGUCUAAUUGAGCCCAUAAAUCAGCAUACUGUACCAAAAUACUUCCUUAGCGAUUAUACAAAAGCUGUAGAAAUUAUUAAAAGAAUUGGAAGUGAUAACUUAAAGCUUCAGCUAGACAUAUUCCACUUGCAACACAUUUGCGGAGAUAUGUCGUACAAUAUAAAGAAUCUCAUGCCAUAUGUUGGACACGUGCAGAUUGCACAAGUUCCGAGUCGCAAUGAGCCAGACGCUUCAGGAGAAAUCAAUUAUGAGUACAUUCUCAAACAUUUAGAAAGCAAUGGCUACAAUGAUUGGAUCGCCUUGGAAUACAAGCCUGCAGGAAACACUAAGGAAGGUCUUAAAUGGAUCAGUAAAUUUGGCUACUCUCUGUGAUAUAUUAUGAUAACUCCAUAUACACGAAUAUUUACACUUUGUUACGAAUAAAUUUUUUCAAGUUAA